UCUCUCCAUUUGAGUGGCGUAAACUAGUCAAAAUCAAAACUAGCAAAGAGUUUAAGGUUGUAAGUGAUAGCUAUAAGGAACGAAGGAGCAAACAGAUUCCUCACACCACUAGCCGCAAAGGAAUGGUUAGACUAGCAGAAGAUAUGAAAAAGGAGAGUUCAAAUCCAAGUGAAGUGUCAAGGCUAAAGGUCUGGAUCAAGUCACGUACCAGAAAAGAUGGUACACCAGUGAAUACAAAUGCGGCUGAGAAGAUUAGAGAGGCAGCUGAGAUUGUUAAAAGUGAUACUGCAGCAUCUACUUGUUUUGAUGGCCAAGAUUCACUUAGCCAGCUACUAGGACCUGAUAAUCCUGGUCGAAUGAGGGCAAUGGGUAGAAACAUGAAUAAGACCAAAUUAGCAUGUUUCCAAGUGAAGAACAAGUGUAUGGCAGAUAUGGAAGCGAAGCAAACUCAUCUAUUGUUGAAGGUCAAUGAGUUAGAAGAUGUAAUUGAAAAAUUAAAGAACCAGAGACAAGAGCUUGAUGCUGCUUCAAACUCAGCUGCUAGAAGCGUAAACAAAAGAUCACAACCUAAGUGUAUCUUGAUUGAUUGGACUGGUAAUGGUGAUGCAAUUGUUGCUGAGGGGCGCAUUAUUACUUCUGAUCCAGAUGAGUUAGUGAAUGAUUGUCGCUUAGGCCCUUCGGAUGUCAAAGUUUUGGUAGACACUGCUACAGUACCAGACACAUAUCUUUGGAAACCUGCACUUAACAUGUGCACAAUUGAAUCUGCUAUCGGACAGAUGAUUGCUUGGCCUGCCUCUAGGUGUGUCAACAUAGAAAAUGAGCAGGAACCAGAAGACAUUGAACAAUUGAGCCAAAGAACUAAUUCAGCGAUGAACAAAUGCAAGCUGCUGGAUUUGUCUGCAGAUGACGUGGUUGUUGCUGAAGGGCGUUGGCAGACACAAGAUCGUGAUGCCUUAGUAAAUGGGCUACCUCUGGGACCAAAUGCAGUGAAGAUCUUUGUAGAUGCGGUAUGUCAACCUGAGACAUUUAUCUGGAGGCCUACGAUUGAUGUAACAUACCUUGAGGACUGUCUACAAACAUUUGUAUCAUGGCCUGUGAACAAAGUCGUCUUUCAAAACCCAACAGAUGCAAUAGGUCAGCAAUCUCCAAUUCAGAAAGCUGCAUCAACUCAGCAAUGUUCAGGAGCAAAAUCUGCAGCAACAGCUCAGAAAUCAGUGGGAACAAGUCAGAAAACUGCUGCAGCAUGUCAGAAAACUGGUCCAACAGUCUCAAAACCUCCUGCAGAGAAGUCUCCACCAUCUGGUCAAGAAUCUCCUAUCCAGCAAAGUCAACGACCUACACUAAUAGCCCCUCUUCGAAGAUCUCCUCGUAAAACGGGAGCUGAGGUCAUCAAAGAAAAUAAAAAAUGCAAGUUGAUGGAUAUUAGUGGAAAGAAGCAGAUUGUCGCCGAAGGACGUGUGAAUUCAGUCGACCCAGACAUUAAGGUCCACUGUGUUCGCUUGGGUUCAAAUGCAGCUAGAGUAUGGGUUGAUAUAGUGAAGAUAGAUGAUGCAGCUGUUUGGAGGCCAUCAGCUGAAAUCGAGUACAUGAGAGAUGCACUUGGUUCAGCUAUUGCAUGGCCAAUGGAUAAGUUGGUCAUCUUUUGAUCAGUUUAAGAAACUGAGGGGAAUGAAGUAACUUUGGUCCAUGUUAGCUAGUUUUAAUUAAGUUUAAGACAGAGCUAAUCAUCAACUUAUGACUUGUGUUAUGUAUUUUAUUUUGGAUUAGAACUUCUGUUAUGUAUGAUGAAUGAUUAUGUGAACUUUUACUCUUAAGGAUAUGGAAUCAGACUUUAUGUGAAAUGAUUUUUAUUUC